AUGAGCUGCCUGGAUGUGAUGUACCACCAAAGCUAUGGAGCGCACUAUCUCCCGGCCGCUGCCUACAAAGCCACGUACUACAACCACCAGCAGCAACAGAGGAAGCUAAGUGUCUACAACAAGAUGCAGGAGUGCAUGGAUCAGCAGACAUUUGGAUCGAGAGCAAUGCUGCCUCACAACCUCCACCGCCAGGGCCCUAGUCACCGAUCUCCCUCUGACGGGGAUCUGAAGGACAGUAACCAGCCAGCGGAGGCCGAGUACCUGAGCGCCCGUUGCGUUUUGUUCACUUAUUUCAAGGGUGAAAUUGGGGACGUUGUGGAUGAGCACUUCUCCAGAGCCCUGAGCCAGGCCAGCAGCUUCAGCAGCGAGAGCAAGCCCAUCCGAGUGACACAGCCAGCUCCAUCCACCUCUUCAGCAGCCUGGAAAGAUGGUUCUUCUGCUCUGGAGUCCCCAAGCCACUCCAGUUGGGCCACCUCCUGCUCCUCCCAAUCCAGUGUCCCGGUGCACCCAGACUUCUCCCCCAGCCCUGUCUCCUUCCCCCCAGAAAGCACCCUCUGGACUGGGCACGUCUUCUCUCAGAACAACCUGCCUCCUCCAGCAGCAGCAGCAGCAGCAGCAGCAGCCACCUCCCUGUCUGACUCCUGGUGCUACAGUCUCAACCCCCAAACCAGCCCAUCCUAUCCCAGCGUCCACGAUGUCUACCACAGUCAUUCACACAGCCAUAACUUACACCCUCGCCACGCCCACCCCAUGCUCCACUCCUACACCGCUCACAGCCCGACGCUAGACCCCAGGUUUAGCCCUCUGUUGCUGAGGAAUCAGAGCCAGCCUUCAGCGAGUUCAAGUCCACUCAGCAGCGACGGUGUGAAAACCGAACUGGACGCUAGCAGCCCGACCCCGCCGAUUUCCUGGGCUCCCACCAGCAUCCCCGGGUCGUUGGAGAUGUACGAUUCAAAUGCAUAUGCGAGAAUGCCACAGCUAUCGACAACUGCACGUCUACUCCCUUAA